AUGAUCAUCCGUGCGCUGGAGAAGCAGGGUAAUCGACGGCGGCCUGGUGCCGGAGUGGACGACCCCUAUGCGGAAGAGCGUUUUCUGGCGGCACAGUCCCACCUGCACCUAAACGGCCGUGGCAUCACUCGCAUUGCCAGCCUACGGCCAAUGACCACCUUGGAGGUACUGUACUUAUACGACAACCAAAUCAGCGUCAUUGAGAACGUGUCUCACCUGCGCCGCUUGACGCACCUCUACCUGGCCAACAACUGCGUUCGGGAAAUCAGCGGGCUGGCGGGGCUCAGCAGCCUUCAGAAGCUCUACAUAGAGGACAACUGCGUGCAGGUGGUUUCGGGGCUAGAGGCCUGUCCUUCCCUGGAGGAGCUCCACGUCUCUUCACAACGUCUUCCCCCCGGUACCCCCCUCACCUUUGACCCGGCCACCGUAGCUGCACUAGCACCCAGCUUGCGUGUGUUGACCGCCGCGCACUGCGGCAUCACCGCCGCAUCCCUGCAUCAGCUAGAGGGGCUGACCCGCCUGCGUCGCCUGGACCUGUCGCACAACACCAUAGACGCUUUCGAGCCAAUUGACGCUGUCAUACAGCCGUGUGCCGUACUGUCCUCCCUGGACCUACGGGGCAAUCCGGUGUGUAAGCUGCCCAAGUACCGGGACACGGUCAUCCUCAUGAACGACAGUGUGUCGACGCUGGAUGAUGAGGCGAUCCCCGCUCAGCACCGGGAGUUCCUCCUACGACUGCACAUCCGCCGAAUGAAGGCGCAACUCGCGGCGGAGCUGAAAGAAGACGCGACAGCAGCGGCAGGCCAGCCACAGCCACAAGCUCCCGGCGACCAGUACGGACAGGGGGCUGGCGCCGCUGCGAAGUGGCAUGAAUCACGAACGCAGAGGCGUGCGAAACGAAGGGGCCUCACGGGGAAGCUGCACGGCUUCAAGAGGACGAGGCGGUUAACGCAGAGCUCCGGUAGCAGGCUGAUCUUUGGAUCGGCUGCCUGCCUUGCAGCUAUCGGGAAGAUGACGCGCCAGCAUGACAAUGGCUCAGCAGCGCCUUGCGCAGGCGUGGCUUCGGAAGCUGGCAGCCUCCAGCAACAGUCUAGUAUGCUCAAGAAUGCAUCAGAUCCAAGCUUACGGUCAACAGGCAGCAGCUUUGCCGACUUGGAAUCAGCAGGGUAUGCAAGGCAUGGCAUACAUCGCCAAGAAGAUCCUGACAUCUUCAGCGCGGUUGGCGGUAUGGAACUGGGCGCGGACGGCGACUUGGAGUCACUGGGCGUGGAUUUCGCUUCGACCAGUGGGCAUGAGCCGCUCGCGGAACCGUCUCGCACGGUAUUUGUGAGGCAUACUAAUCCAGCUGCUGGCGACGAGGAGUUGUUGGCAGUGUUUAAGGUGUUCGGCGACGUCGGGCACAUGUACACCAUUAGCAAACACCGUGGCUUCGUGAUGGUGACGUAUUUCGACUUGAGGAACGCCAUGCGGGCCCAGGCGACACUGAACGGCUCUCACAUUAACGGUAUCAGCCUUGGUAGCACAUCCCUGGAGGUGCACUUCUGUGCUCCCAAAGGGGACCCGACCAUAAACCAGGGUACGGUCACCGUGUUCAACCUCGAUCCGGAUACCACAAACGAGCAUUUGGUCUGGCUGUUCUCUAAAUUCGGUGACGUUAAGGACAUUCGUGAGUCGCCUGACCGUAGCAACCAAAAGUUCAUUACUUUCUACGACACGCGGCAUGCGCUGGAGGCCUUGCGCCUAAUGAACAAGGCCGAACACCUUGGCAAGCUCCCUUCGAACAUCACUCCUCAGCUGGCGGCGUCUUUAUCACAGCAUACCAUGCAUGGGGCGUCUGCAGGAUUCGAGGGUGUUCAGCGAUCGCAGUUCCUAAGCGGACAGGCGGGAAGUGCAGGGAUGUGGGACUCACAGCACUCACCGGAGCUGCUGCAGGCGCAGCUGGCUGCAGCAAGGCAGUCCGCAUCACGCGCAUCAUCCCAGCCCGGUACAUCGUCCCCCAGCCCUCUACCUGGCACAUCACCUGCGGGACCGGCGUUCCUUGCACCAGCGCGGCAAGACUUGCAGGUGCCGCCUUCUGUCACGCUGAACCUUCAGCAACAGCAGCAGCCAGGGCAGGCUGUCCAAGGCAUUGUCGGCAGUCAGCAGCAGGCUGUGGAGCAAAUGGCGGCUGGAGUGCGGCCGGGCCUGCAUGUGUCGGACUCAGCGUCCAGCAUGUCAUCGGUGGCGGGGCAGGCCGCUAACCAGUUAUUUGCGGCAGCAGCCGCGGCCGGUCGCAGCCCUCUCGGGGGAGGGGCCAUAAUUGGCACCCACGGUCAUGGAACCCAUGGCGGCCACGUGUCAAAGGCUGUUCCUUCGCUUGCUACUCUUUCAGAGGCGCAGGCGCUGGAGGAACAGGCCGGGCUGUAUGCGGCGGCUGGGUCAAUGCUGGCGGGGACCGGUGGCCAGAGUGGGAUAGAGCAGACCGGUGGCAGCAAUGCUGCUAACGUGAAUGCAACUGCCAAUAUGCUAAUGGGGUUGCAGCUUGGACAGGACCAACAGCUUUGGGCGUUGCAGCAACAGAUGGCUGGUGCGGCGCAGGGCCAGGCGGUAACGGCGGCAUCUGGACAAGCAGGCCUGUGGGCGGCUGCUGCUGCUGCUGCUGCCGCCGCGGGGUCGCUGUACGGUCCUUCUGCCCAGCAGCAGGCUGCGGCAGCUGCUGUGAACCUGCAAACACUGCGCAAUCUGCAGGAACUUCAGGCUCGUCAGCAGGCGCAGCAGCAGCAGGUGGCAAUGGCCACCAACCUGGCAUUGUUGCAGGGCCAAACGCUGUCGGCUGCCGACCUGAACGCGGCUGCGGCGCACCUGCUACACAUCGCCGGCUUGGGAAAUGCGCUGGGGCAAUCCCCUUCGGCUGCAGCAUCGCUGUUGCCCGCUGCGGCGGGGCUGGGCAUGGGCAGCCUCGGCGGCCUCGCUGGAAGCGCUAGCAGUCUCAGCGGCUUGAGCAGUGCAGCUGCUACGCAGCAGCUGCUGCAGAACGCCAUGGCCAUGAGCAACAUGGGUGUGCUGGGCGCGCUUGGCACGAUGCAGGCCGCGAUGGGAGGUCAGCCUGGAACAAGUCGACUGAGCGGCUCAUUUGGGUCCCUCACGGGCGCGUUGGCUGGAUCGCAGGCCGGCAGCAGCGGCCAUCACAACAGCAAUGGUGCUCGUGACGGCGCCGGAGGCAACCGCGGCGGCGGCCGGUUAAGUCGUCGCACCACGGACCCGGCCGCCGAGCUGGAGCGCAAGUUGCAGCAGGAGAAGCUGUAUGCGUUGGACCCUGUUAAGAUCCGCAGCGGAGAGGAUAAGCGUACAACGCUUAUGAUAAAGAACAUUCCCAACAAGUACACCCAAAAGAUGCUGCUCGCGACAAUGGACGAGCAGUUCAAGGGCUCUUAUGACUUUUUCUACCUCCCCAUCGAUUUUAAGAACAAAUGCAACGUGGGCUAUGCCUUCAUCAAUAUGAUCAAUCCCUACGACAUCAUUGCCCUCGUGGAGCGAUUCAACAACCGGCGCUGGGAGCGAUUCAACAGCGAGAAGGUCUGCAGCAUCAGCUACGCUCGCAUCCAGGGCCGCGCCGCACUUGUCGCGCACUUUCAGAAUUCAAGCCUGAUGCACGAGGACAAACGCUGCCGGCCCAUCCUUUUUACUGCGAACGGCACCGAGACCACAGACCCGGAGGCUUUCCAGAACGACCCUUCACUGCAGCCCGUGCCCACUGCAGCAAGCGGCGCGGCCAUGUCGCAGUCAGGCAAUCAGCAAACCGCGGCGUUGGGUGGAGGCGGAGCUCUAAACGUCGCACCGUCAGGGCGGUGCGAGCAGCGCGACGACAAAAUGUUUUUCGUAUUAACUGUAGAACAGCCGAGCGCCGCGGUCGUGCGGAUUCUUGGGGUGAAAUGUGGGGUUUUCCGUGGUCAAAGCCCCAUCAUGCCGGGCAUCGUCUCUCUGCCUCGGAAAGUGAUUGGCACAGCGCUGAGCCUGACCGGCAAGGCCGUUGCUGGUGCAGCUACUUCCAGCUACGUGAAGGACCUGGUUUCUUCGUUUGCGGACAAGGCCAUUGUGAGCGAGUCGCUGGCCAAGGUUGAGGACGUGGAUAUUCCGUUCUGGGCUUACUGGCUGAGCAUCGGGGGCUAUAGCAGCCCAGCUGGCUACAAGAAGUUUGCAGAUGCGGCUAAGAGCAAAGUCCUUGGCAUGGAGCCGCAGCAGGUCACUGACCUGGUCGUGGCGUUCCACAAGGUGAACUACUACGAUAAGGAUCUGUGCACGGGUGUCGCUGCGAACAUAUCUGCCAACUUCACGAAGUAUGAGACGGAGCAGCUCUUAAAGGUGCUGGGGGCGUUCCUGGAAUUCGGGUUCUAUGACCUGGCAGCAUAUGACGACAUCGCGGACUCCAUCACGUACUGCAACCACUACCUGGCACCCAUUAAGGCUUCGCCUGUAGAGCUGGCCAACGCGUUCGCUGCAUAUCAGAAGUUCGAGCACGAGCGCGGUGAUCUUUUCCUUGCUCUGGCAAGGGGCUUCAAUGAGGCGUCGCUUACGAAGCUGGAUGCUGAUUCCCGCAAGGCAGUGGUGCUUAAGGCACUGCGCGCCUUCCACGCCUUCCAGUUCUGGCCGGAGGCCACCGAGGCUUUGCUGUACGCCGCCAAGAACUCGCCGGCGUCUUACAGUGCCGACGAGAUGAAGGAGGUGGAGAAAUACCAGGCGUUGCUGGAGGACGCGCAGGGCGGCGAGCUGCGUGUGUUCAAAGAGGGCGACGACGUGGACUCGGUGCAUUGGUACGGCCACCACACUUCAGCACCGUCGUCGUACCAGUUGUACGUUUUCCGUGACUCGUUGGUCCCGAAGCAGUACUCGCCUGCCGGCAUGCGGCCUCUCAAGUGA